GGUGCAGUUAUUUGGCACUAGGGGAAACUCUUCAGAAGAACAUGGUGAGGCAAUUGUGUGAAAUGUGAAAAGAAGACUGCGAGUGUGCAAUUGUUGGAAUUGUGGUACCAUUGCGUUUUGGCAAAGGAGAAGAUGAAACAGGCAGCUGAUGAGUGCAGUUGCGCUUGUUGUGAGCGCCUGGCUCAUCAAUACUCUGAGCUGUCAGAGGAGUUGGUGGCUCUCCGGACAUGCCUACAGGCCACAGAGCAGAUCCGUGCUGAGCAGUUUCUGGCGCAGCUUCAUCGACAACGCUUCGAGAAGCUCUUGCAGCGCUGCCCGUGCAACUUUGAUGCCUCCUUGGAAGAAGCCAUGCAAGCUCCAGGCAUGUCGCUGCAAGUGGCAGGUCUCCUGGGUCACACAGAGGCUUUGUCCAUCUCACAGUGCUCCAAGCUGAUGAGGAGCUGUUUGCAUGGCGUGUCCAUAGAGUUGGCCGAGCUGUUCCCACAGCAAACUUUGGUCUUGGGAGGUGUGGAUGCAAAUGGCGAAGCGACUUCCUCGGUAGAAAGCUUUGACAUCGGCACAAAUGCCUGGACACCGCUCUCACGGCUGCGGCUUCCACGGUGGAGCUGCGCUUGUGCCUCUGCACAAGGCCGUGUGUUUGUGAUGGGGGGGCGCAGCGUGGAGGAUGAGAUCUUGGACUCUGUAGAGGCUUAUGAUGUUCAGCGGGGCUGCUGGUCCCAUGCCCCCAGCCUCAAUUUUGCACGUUGUGAGCUAGCAGCUGCAGCUUGCAGGGGUCUUCUUUUUGCCGCUCAAGGUGUAACCGAAGGCGAAGUCCCUUUGGCUGAGAUCGAGUGGUUGCCUGUGGCAAGAGAAAGAGCUGCCCGCGAUUCACAGUGGUUGCGCGCACCGCGGCUGCACUCCCCAAAGAGGGCAUUAGCUGCGGUGGCACUUGGUGAUGCCGUCUAUUUAUUGGGCGGUUGGGACGACUUGGCAGGGCAGCCGAGCAGCGAGGUGAACUAUUUGAAGAUUGAAGGCCACGACCAGCUUUCGGAUGGAUGGCGCCGUGCUCCUCCUCUACAAGAGCCUCGUGCAGGCCUAGGUGCAGCUGCACUCAUGGGCAGCAUUUGGGCGAUUGGAGGUUGUCGCGGGCAGCAAGACUUGACCUCACUGGAAAGGUUCACCCCAGGAGGGCAUUGGGAGCUGGUCACGCACCUCCAGGAGCCCCGACGCGCAUGUUGCGUGGUUCCCUGCGGCAGCUCCUUGUUGGUCCUCGGAGGGGUGAAGAACCAGGGGGACUAUGUUGCUUCGCUUUCAAGGCACUUGUGGAGUGAUAGCUGAAGCCUCUGAACCACUGAUGAUAGCGAUAGCGCACAAUGUUCAAUUUUGGGGAAGCCCAGGGCGGCGCGUGGUAACCCAGUCUUGGUGAGAUUCCGCCGAUUCACUCAUUGCUAUUUGGUUGGAGGCCAUUGCUAUUAGGUUGGAGGCCAUUGCUACUCCGUGGAGGUCGGCCAAAAAGCACACUCAUUUGGUGUUUAAAUUCUCUUCACGAUGGUAGUCACAGACAUCAAACCUUGAAACCAUUGCCCUGUCCAUCAGGCUGGAUGUGCGCCACAAAGAAUGGUGUCCGCUUGAGGUGGACCUCGUGGGCUCCCGGCGCUAUUUCACCGCGUGUGCAUGUAGGCUUCGCCUGGUGGAGAACGUGGACGGUGAGCUGAAGUGUGCGAUUUGCUAGAACUGAGCUGGCAAAAGCGGCAGUCUAACUGUUGUCUCGAUGCUUCAUCAGGGUUGCCAGGAAGUGUGUGAAGUAGAGCUCCCCGGUCCGCGACAAAAGGU